AUGAAUCGGCAGAAUUAAAAGGCUAUAAGAGCUUCCUUAAAGAAAGCGCUAUUUAAUGACAGGAGAAGAAAUGCAUGUCCCAUUCAAAGUCGCUAAAACUCAUCUCCUUCUAUUCCCAAUAAUUAACCUAGAGCUAUAAAUUAAUAAUUUAGACAUUUUAGCGACGUCUAUGAAUAUGGGGAUGAGUAAAUAGGUGAGGGAGCCCAUGGAAUUGUCAAGAAAUGCUAUAGAAAAGAUCCAAAUACCAAUUAUGGAGCAUCUGACAGAAUUGCAUAUGCUGUCAAAGUGUUCAGAACUGGAGACACAGAAGUAAUCAACACGAUAAGGGAGACAUUUAACCUAAAUCGUGGAUUAAACGAUCUUAAUUGUGUUGUUAAAGCUCUAGAUUUGUUUAUAAAUUCAAAAAAAGAAGAGCAUCAUCUAGUGAUGGAAUACUGUCCAUUUCCUAGUCUAGAAUAAAGAAUAGGAUCCUUAUGUGAAGAAGACAUCUAAUAGAUCACCUUAAAUUUGGCUUAAUCUUUGCUUUCUUUGCACUAAAGAGGAGUUUGUCAUAGAGAUUUAAAACCUGAUAAUAUUCUAAUAGGAGAUUAACUCUCAAUCAAAUUGAUUGACUUUGGAGUCUCAAAAAGAUUUUUAGUGAAAGGAAAAGUAACAAAAAAAAUUGAUAUGUGGACUAGGACUGGUUCAUUAUUUUAUUAAGCACCAGAAAUAUUUAUGGGUGGAGGAUAUGAUGAGAAAAUUGAUAUUUGGUCAGCCGGUAUAAUUCUGUAUCAGCUAUUAUUUGGGUAAUUGCCUUUUCAUUAAGAAACAAUUCUAGAUACAAUCGAAAUGAUUAUUGAUUCGAAAUUGAACUCCACUGCUCUCAGUCAACUAAAUCCCUUAAUUCAGGAUUUAUUGAGAAGACUAUUGGAAAAAGAUCCAAAUAAAAGACUGUCUGCUGAAGGAUUUGUUCUACAUCCUUGGUUACAUACUACUCAAUAAAAAAAAUCAAAUAAAAGUUUUGAUGAUUGCGACAUAGUAUAAACAAGAAAUAAUGAAAACAUAUUACAGACUUCUUAGAUAACCAUUUAAAGAUAGAAUUAUAGAUAUUAAAAUCAAUUAACGGUACCAAUCUAAGAAGAAAGGGAAUAAAGCUCAUUAAAGAAUAGUUGGAAUUAUUGGGAGAACCAUGUUCAUUAUGUCCCUCAAGAUGUAAUAAAAAUGAUAAAUCUUGAUGAUGGCUACAUAAAUUAGGCUGGUACAUCUUAAGAAUUAGUAAAUGAUAAAAAGAUAUCUGAUGAUUUGACUGAUUUUUAAAUUGGAUUAGUAAGAACCAAUUCAGAACAAUUUGAUUAACUAUGA